GUUUCCCCUUGGCGAUAAAGGCAACCCUAAGCUAAAAGUUAUCGACCUCAAAGUUUCCCUCAGUCAGUCAGUCAAGUAUGUUAUUGAUAACACGAGUUUCGGAGUCAAGAUAACGCUAUACAUUGAAUAGAAAUUGUACAAGUUCGAAAAUGUUGGAAAAACCAUUCUGCCAUGUACUUACAAAAUCAUUAAAAAGUAUUAUUGGUCAACAACAACAAUCAUUGUUGAGAAGUUCAGUAUUAAGAUAUGUUGGUUCAAACAAUGGAUCUUCAGAAAAAGAUCUCUCCAAACGAAAAGUUGAAGUGAAUUUUCCUGAAAAAACAGUCACUAUUUAUACGUGUGAAAAUAUCUACAAUGAAUGGAAAAAAGAUGGGACGUUUUAUAAAAUUCCUGAAAGUGGAGUUUUUGCUAAAAUAGAUUACAUUGACACAGGAGUAAAUAAGACUGCUUUUGAAAAACCACCUAAAACUGUAUUAUGUAUCCAUGGAAUUCCAGGCAAUUAUAGUGUCUUCAAUCAUCUUAUUAAUGAUCUUAGUAAUGAAGGUGUGAGAGUUAUCGUACCAUCAUUUCCAGCUUCUCUUUAUUUACCCGGAAAACAUAAAAAAGAACUUUUUCGUCAUACCGUUGAAGAAAAAACUCAAGUAUUUAAAGAUUUCCUAAAAGCCAUAGAUGUAAAAAAUUUAGAUGCUAUAAUUUCUCAUAGUAGUGCAGUCUAUCCCGCUCUACACCUUGUUUUAGAUCCUGAUUUGAAGGUCAAGUGUCAAGUUCUUUUUAAUACGGGUGGACACAAGAAAACAGUUGCAAUGCGGCCUUAUUGGAUUGUCUACAGUUGUUCUUACUUGUAUUUGACGAAUUUGGGUCGAAAGAUAGUUCAAUUGACUGGAAAAUUCAUUAUGAAAUGGAUAUUGAAAACACCUAUAAAAGAUGACAAUCUGGAUGGAGUAAUGCUUUUGGCUAUAACUAUGGUAUUUUCAAAAUAUAAAAAGGCAAGAACUUUGAUGGCAGAGAUUGCUGAAAAAGAAAUUCCUACUCUAUUUUGUUUUAGUGAAGAUGAUAAAGUAGUUGAAAGAAAUCUAUCAUAUGAAGUAGUCGGUAUUUUUGGAGCUUUUAAAGAUAAUAUAAACUAUUAUGAUGAAAAUGCCAAUUUAAUUACAAAAGGAGAAGACUUCUCUUGGUUAAAACUUUUGUCAUUUAAAGAAGGAUCUCAUUACGUUUUCAGAAAGCAUUCUGAAGUAUGCAAUAAAGAAGUUAUUGAAUUGUUAAAAAGUGUGUAAAAUUGUGCAACCAUUGUAUUGUAUUAUGUAAAUAAAAAGUUUUAUAAUCUCUUA